AGCUCCGUGUGAAAUUAGAAAUUACGACCAUGAAUUGCAUUUUGAUUCUAUUAAAGUUAAUUUUUUGUCUUUUUUGAACGCUGGCUGUUCAUCUCCGGAGGAAGUUUGCUCAUAUUUUGCGGGUUUGCGAGUCAUUUUCUACCGGAGACCCGCGGAGUCGCGCCACGGACGAACCGCUAACCGUUAGUCCUCCGCUCUGCUGCCAGGAUGCCGCGGGGCAAGACGACUCCUCUGAUCCAGAGCAUAGCAAAGCAAGCCGACAUCACCUUCAGGGGCUCACCGUCGUCGGCGGACGGGGACAAUAAGAUAGCCGCGGACCAGCAGACUGAACUAAUCUCCUUGUUGACGGCGGUCAGGGCGACUGACCUGAAAAUCGCUCCCCGGAACACCAGCCCGAGCUCCGGGGCGGCGGGGCUCCACAGCCCGCCGGUCACCUACAUGCACAUCUGCGAGACGGAGGCGUUCAGCAUGGGGGUGUUCCUCCUGAGGACCGGCGCCUCCAUACCGCUGCACGACCACCCGGGCAUGAACGGGAUGCUGAAGGUUCUCUAUGGGAAGGUGAGCCUCCGCUGUUUUGACAAGCUGGAGGACGACCUGAGCGCCGGCCCCGCCCCGCCUCACUUCGAGCCCCCGUUGGCCGCGUUCCAGACGGCCUCCCUGCGCCGCAGCGCGCUCCGCUCGGUCGCCGAGUACUCCGAGGAGAGCGGGCCGUGCCUCCUCACCCCUCUGCGGGACAACCUCCACCAGAUCGACACGGUGGAGGGGCCGGCCGCCUUCCUGGACAUCCUGGCCCCGCCGUACAAUCCGGACGACGGGCGGGACUGCCACUAUUACAAAGCCCUGCGCACCGUGGCCGGGGGGGGCGGCACGGGUGGAAAGAGCGGCGAGGAGCAGCAGGAGGCUUGGCUGCUUGAAAUCCCCCAACCAGAAGACUUCUGGUGUGGCGGGGAACCCUACCCGGGCCCCGCGGUCUCCUUCUGAAUGCAACCUCUGAGGAGAGGAGCUGUACUGCAGUGUAACGUCGUGAUUCCAUCCAUCUACGAGAGGACGCUUAGUUUGCCUGGAAAUUCAAACACGGGGGUCAUUUAUUACCUGGAACUCAAAGGGAUUGGGUGCCUUGCUCAUGGGUGCAACAGCAAGGCAGAGGCUCGUAGAGACAGGUUUGAACUCUUGACCCCCCCCCCCCCCCCACACACACACACACACACAGAAUAAGGACCACAGAACGGCCUUCUACAAGUCAUCAUAAGGGGAGAAAAGAGUCAACACGGGGAAUGUGCACUCCUACUAUUUGUUUAACAUCUUUUAUCUUCCGCGUGGCGUGGAAAGCCUUUCACGCGUUAUUAUUUCUGCUGCAGAGGACCUCCACGCCGUGGUGCCGGCUCGAGACGCGCCCGCCUUAGUUGUGAAUGUGGAAUGAUUAGUUAUUAACAGCUUAUGCACAUUCUUUAUUUCUUCUUUCAAAGAGCACACGCUACACUAUAUAUAUUCUUUAUUUCAUUCCAUGUGUUUAAACUCGUUCCAGGAUCGGGAACAGGUCCAUCAGUUGAGGGAAUAUCAGCUGUUGCCGUCGGGCGGAAAAACGGUCACUUUUCAGUAAACGCUCUAAUGUGUCCGAUACUUAGACAUUAUUCAUGUUUCUAAAUCUAAAUUCUAAACCGAGCUCAAAUGGAGCUCGGGAUGCUUGAAUCUUUGGUUAGCGUGUGGUUGGCUCUUCAUAAUAAUAAUCAUAAACCUCAGAGGGACCCGUGUGAUGAGCAGGUGCACUGUAGGUUUAACGGGGCGGGUCCAGGUCAAGACCACCGAGAGCCGGCGGCCGCAGCGCCCCGCCACGGAGGAAAUGGGAAGUCCCGAUCUCUUGUUGAUAUUUUUCAUUGGAACGUCUAGAGAUUCUCAGACGUUCCAAUGAAACGAGACGAGACGAGUUGAAGAUGAAAUGUGGAGGUAGAAGGUUUCCCCUCGACAGCGCCGACGUUCUGUGAUGUCAUUUCCCCCAAAAGAGCUCAGUCCAGAGUGAGGGGCGGAGAGGAGGAAACAAAUAUAUUUUGGACUAAAAACGCGAUAUCGUAGAGUUGACCAAUGGUGCUUUUACAAAAAUAUUUAAAUAAAUAUAUUCAAUUUGAUCAGUUAUGUGUGGGUAAAAGCAAAUAAUAUAAAUAUAAUAAUAAAUACAUAUUGGAACAGCUGGAACCCUCUAGGAGGCUUCACUGGAACGCCGCCUUUCAAACCAGGAAGACAACGAUUAUGACAUAUGACCAUAUUUAAAGGGACAGUACCGAGAUAUUGAUAUAAUAUCUCAGCUCUGCUGUGAUGCAUCGUAUGUAAUACUGAUGGAGUCCAUGGGUCACAUGUGCUCUGAAGCCGACACUCUUCCCCUCUUCACUGCCUUCAAUCUUUAUGUCACUUUAUCUUUCGCUCUGCAGUCUUGAGGUUGGCGUUGGACCACGAUUCUGUUUCUAUGAUGUUGAAUGUCUGCGGAUCAAUAAAUAGAUGGGGACUAAUCACG